AUUUUUAACGUUGGCGCGUCCCUUCCCGGGACACACUUUCCAAUAAUAUUUAUUAAUUUCCGUCAGUUAGCAGAAAUUUUUACGUUGGCGCGCGCUCCCCCGGUACACACUUUCCAAUUACAUCUAUAUGAAUGUCUGUCAGUUAGCAGAAACUGCUUAGCUGGGCGGAGGAAGAUCUACAUAUUUCCGUUGUUAUCUGUUAAACUUUCCAUGAAACACAGCACUAUACAACUCGUAGAAUUACUGCAGAAAUGAUAACAUUGUCUUGCUACAAAUCUGGACACAGAGUUCUGAACAAACUGAGGUGAAAGAUGGAAUUUUCGACGGCCAUUACGGUGUUUAAGUGUUCUGUAAGCAUUUGAUUAUAUAGGAUUUAUAAUCCUAUUAUAUUUUUCAACUAUCAGUAGAGGCAAAAUAUGCUGCCGAAGAAGGGCAAUGGUUUUGAGGAGAAAGCUUUUGGACUCGUCUUGUUGCAAUUGGUAUUUCAAGCUCUAGAAGUAUCAAGAAGGUUCUAAUCCGUUACAAAUCAGCAAAGCUGUACCUAUUCAACAGGUUUAUGAUGUUUACCACUCCUUUGCUCAAGAAAAAGGAGCACCAUGAUAUAUUGCAUUGUAAUUUUUCUGGGAGUUGUUCAUGCGAUGCUCAAAAUCAGGGUGAUCGUUUCAUUCCCAUGCGUAGUGCAAUUAAUUUUGAUGUGGCCAAUUUCUCCUUGAGAAGAGAAAUCAAGGACAAUCCAUCAUCAAAUUUGUCUGUUACAUCGCCCAACAAGGAAGCAUACAAGAGAAAACUGGCAGAGGCUUUACUUCAUGAUUCAAAUGGAAAGGACCAGAAAAUCUUGGGUUUCAAAAAACGGUCAAAGACUGCAUCUGAAAUCAGAAAAAAUUUGUUCUCAGAUGCAUUAUUUAUUGAUGAUGAGUCUAAAGUUUGUAAACCUUAUCGCCAUAUUCCUGAGUCACCAGAGAGAGUCCUGGAUGCUCCAGAUCUGUUAGAUGAUUAUUACCUAAAUUUGUUGGAUUGGAGCUGUAAGGACGUUGUUGCUAUUGCUUUGGGAUCAACUGCAUACCUUUGGGAUGCUAAAAAUAGCUUUAUUCAAGAGUUAAUGCAAUCUGAAUCAAAUAAUGAUGAUGAUUGCUUGACCAGCCUUGCUUGGGCAGAUGAUGGUAUACACAUUGCGCUUGGUUUGAACAACUCUGAAAUUCAGCUUUGGGAUGCUUCACAAUUGCGUCUGGUGUAUAAAAUGGGAGGCCACUCAUCAAGAGUAGGCAGUCUGGCUUGGAAUAACCAAAUUUUGUCUUCUGGCAGCAAAGACAAUCUUAUCAUCAACCAUGACGUUCGGAUUCGAAAUCAUAUUGUAUCGAAGUUUGAGGGGCAUACACAAGAAGUUUGUGGUCUUAAAUGGUCAGAAUCGCAUCAGAAACUUGCAAGUGGAGGAAAUGAUAAUAUACUUCAUAUCUGGGAUGUCUCAUUAAUGUCAUCAUCAGGAGGCUCCAAGUACCUUCAUCGUCUUGACCAGCAUCAAGCAGCAGUGAAAGCUCUAGCAUGGUGUCCUUAUGCAGCUAAUAUUCUAGCUUCUGGAGGAGGCACAGCUGAUCGAUGCAUUAAACUCUGGAACACACAAUCUGGCCAAUGUGUUAUGAGUUUGGACACAGAAUCUCAGGUCUGUGCGCUCCAAUGGAAUAGACACUACAAGGAGGUUCUAAGCAGUCAUGGAUACAGUAAGAACCAGCUGUGUCUUUGGAAAUAUCCAUCAAUGCAUAAAAUUGCAGAACUUAAUGGGCACACCCAACGUGUUCUCCACCUUGCUCAGAAUCCAGAUGGCACCACUGUUGCAUCAGCUGCUGCAGAUGAGACGCUUCGUUUCUGGAAGGUAUUUGGUAAUUCAGGAACAAACAGUUCAAAAACUGGGAGAGAUGGAGGAAGGUCCCUGUCUUCGAGAAAUAAUAUUCGGUAAUUAAGCUGAAGGAGAUCCGAUAGUGUUUUUAGAUCCCAGUACUCUUGGCGUACCCAUUGCAUUUCCAACUAUAAAAUGUUAGAUCUAAACACACUAUUGGAUCUUCAAGUCAGGCUCCAUUUUGUCAUAGGGAACACCUUCAGCGUAAUUAAUAAAUAUUAUUUCAGAGCCAAUGAAAUUUUGGGGUGUUUCCUGAGUCUAUUUGCAGAUAUUGCAGCAGCCCCAUUAAGUCUGUGUACAUGCUGUCUGUAUAUACCCUGUAUUUGUAACCAUAAUAGUCAAUACACUUGUGUCCAUUGAACUACGAGCAUAUUCAUUCUUUUGAGAUCAGAGUGGAUUUAUCCAUUCGGGAUCAUGGAACACUUUGCGUGUUUAUUUAUUUGCAAUUUGAGAAAUAUUUUCAGAUGUA